AUGGCUGGUUUCUAUUUCCUGGCGUAUUUCAUCUGUACCUCCUGUUUAGGUGAGUUUGUCGAUGAGUUUGUGUAGAGCUGAUGUUAGUUUGGUAAGUUUAUGAAAAGUACAGUGCAGAUCCAGACGUGAUAAGACAUGCCGAGUUAAUCAUUUAUCCAUGAUCGGGUUCAAUAGUUCAUACCAACUCUCCAUUUGAAAUGAGAGUUGUAGCUGACCUGCUUAUUAAUAACUAGUUGUUUGAGUCCCAUCAGUCAUAUUAAACUUCUCUUCUUCAUAACUUCUGUUGUGACACACUUCAUACAGUACUAAGAUUUAAAACAAAAGCUUUUUGACAGUUCAUAUUGCUGAGGUCUCCACUUCUUAUCAUACCCUUUGAUAUUUAUAAUAACAUUAACUCUUCUGAUGUAAGUAAUGCUUUUCUCAACUCUGUUCUUUUCUAUUUGUAUAGUUGCUGGACAGCCAAUAUAUGUCCUUAAGGGCACAGGGGGCCAUCUGAGGCCUGUCCUCCCUGGACAGCCGAAUGCACUUCUGUGGACGCAUAAUGGCAACAUAGUGGUGGAGUUUGAUGGCAGUGAGCAACAGGUGUACAGCCCAUAUGAAGACAGGAUCACUCUGGACUGGCACUCAGCGGAACUUAACAUUCAUGACCUUAGAUUCAGAGACAGUGGCGUCUAUGAACUGGAAGUGGACAUAAACAACCAUUUACAUGCUUCAAAAUAUGAACUGGCGGUCAUUGGUAAGUUUUUUCUUAUCAUUUUGUUUGGAAGCUAAUUUACUUAUUCAUUCAGUUAACACACAGUGACUUUUAAGAGUUUAUCUAUCAGGAUUUUGAAGCUGGAUGUAGAUUUAAAUAAUUUUACAAUGCAGAUCAAAUCAUAACACAGACACUCUUGAUAUAAACAGCAUGUUAUGGAGUGUGAUUGCAUUGACACAAUAAGUCUAUAAGCAGUGCAAUAACAAAGCAUCAGUAGGUUUUUGGUUUCACUAACUCAUUUAAGUACUAAUUUAUUCCUAUUUUUAUGGUUUUAUGAAGAUAAGGUUCCCAUGCCGAAGGUCUCCUGUGAGAUGAACAAGGACAGCACCUCAGAUACACCUGACAUUAAGGCGACGCUGCUGUGCUCUGCAGAGUCCAGAACACCUGAAUCUCUGAUGAAGUUUGAGUGGAGAUCAGGGAAACAGGAGAAGCUGCAAUCGGGACCAAAGUUAGAAAUACCUCUGGGAGAUAAGGACAAUGAAGAGAAAUACAGUUGUUUUGUGAGCAACCCUCUGAGCAGUGAGGAAGCUACAUUCACAGCAAAGGAGUGCUACAACGGUAUACAAUACAACCACACUGUAUUUUUAUGAUGAAGUUUGAAAAACAGUCAUAUGAAAUUGCCAAGAAACACUGAAAAAGAAUAAAAAAGUAGAUAAAUGAGUGUAACAAGGAUUUAAAGUGAUUUCCUGAAUUAUUUUGUCCCAUGAUGAAGAAUAUUGGCAUGUUUUCUGUUUAGAAACUGGAUCAUAGUCUUUCCUUGUUACAGCACUGCAUGAAAUUAUGUCAGUGAUGAAUGCAGUGUGAUAAGCUGCUUAAACACUUGUUCUGUAUUUGUCUGCACAGCUGAAGGUUCAUCUGGGGCUCUUGCUGUGUGUAUCUCUGUCAUUCUCCUCCUGGUCAUAGCUGUGGUGGGCAGCAUAUGGUACUGCAGAAGGAGAAAAAAAGGUAUAGUCAAAAGAAAUUAUGCUUCAGCUAGGAAAUCUGUUACCAAAGAUAUUUCAUUUACUAAGGGUAUCAGAAGUUGUAUUUGAAAAUUGCCAUGCAUACUGAAUUCAUGAUUUUAGGCCUUCUUUUAAAGCUUUGUGUAACAGUUUAAAAUUAAAUGGAGAAAAAUAAAAAGUUCUUUGUUGAUUUAAAAACAAAAGUUCUUCCAGGAAUACCAGCAAUAUGUGCAGAAAAAGCUUUAAACUGCUUCUUAUUUCACAAAUUAAAAUACCAACACAUUCUUUCUUUCUUUCUUUUUUUCUGUUGUUCUGCCUUCUCGUGUUCUCCUCUAGCAUGUUUUCAAUCAAAUGAUCCUGAAAAACAGUCACCAACUGCUGAUACAGGUACGAUACUGUUCAAUAUCAUCCAUGGUGUUUUUAACAUUACAUUUUCCUUUUUAACAUUUUUCUUUUCUUACUUUGAACUAACAAAAAUAUUUUUUGAUCUGCUUAAGAGUCAGAUAAGAAUACAGCUCAGGAUAGAGAGAAAGAACCUCUUCUCGGGGACAAUGAAACACCUCCAUCACCAAGGCCAGGUAACACUAAAACAAAAGUUAUUUUUUUAAUUUUAACACAGUAAAAAAUACAGUAAAGGUCCCAUCAUCUGACUCCUCAGAUCCCAGGGAAACAAAUAAACCAGACCCAGCUGAUGAGUCUGAUGAAUCUGUUGAGGAUGAGCGCUCUGCUUAAAAAAUUCCCCAGGUUUCUAAACUUCUCAAAUUGAGCAGAAUAUAACAAAACAUAAAAACUAAAGCCAAAGCAUGAGCAGUUAAUAAUGAACACAAUGUUUUUUCAUAGAUAUAAAUUGUUUGAACUUCCUAUCCUGUGUGUGUAACUAUGAAUUUUGAAUUGUAUAGAAGCUCUCCCAUCCAACAUUGACAACUGAACAUAACUUGAAAAUUAGUCUUUCGUUUGAUGCGACUAGACAGUUACACGAAAUCACAGGUUAUUUUUUUUAAGGUUUAACACAGUGAAAAGUUCUACAAACUAAGUUGGCUGGUUGUAAAUGUUUCUUUACCAGGGAAUGUCCGAGAGAAGAUAAAGAAGAUAGAGAACAUGGAGAAGAUUAACAAAAUGAAUGACCCUGAUGAACGGGCUCCACCUGAAAGAAACAGAGGUAAUUUUGGUUCAUGGAAAGUUUAAUGUUCACACACAAUCCCAGAAAAUGUUAUUAGCAAGUCAUUAUUAUUUUUCUUCAUAAUUGACUUGAAAUAUUGAUGAAUUCUUGGUUACUUUCUGUCAAUCAGGAAAUGUUUGAAUCAUUGUGUUGUUUCACGCAGACUUUACAGAUUGAUCCUGACUGGGUUAUUUGACUCAGACUUACAGUCUGCUUCUGUGUGAUUUACUCUCUUCAAAAAUUAGUUUUCCUCAUUUCUUCUUUCUGUUAUAGGUUCAGAAAGAGGCAGAGGUGUGAAUGGAAACCCAGGAUUCACCCUAACUAAAGUGGAGCAACCUCCUCAACAGGAUCCAAACCAUCAUGAUGCAGACAAGCCCGAAGAAACUGCGAAGUCGGAGGUCCUUCCAUCUGAAUCUUCAGACCUUCAAAAAUUUAAUCGACCAGACCUAGAUGGUGAGCCUGAUGAAUCUGACGAGGAUAAGCAUACAAACCUAGUAUCUACUGCCCUGUCACCUGGUGGUGAGCAACCUCCUCAACCAGAUCCAAACCGUCAUGAUGCUGACAAGCCUGAAGAAACUCCAACGAUAACGGUCCUAUCAUCUGACUCCUCAGACCCUAAAGAAACAAAAGAAACAGACCCAGCUGGUGAGCCUGAUAAAUCUGUUGAGAAUGAGGGCUCUGGUGACAUCUCUGCUUCAAAAUCACCUGAGGUCACGCAGUCUGAUCAGAAACUUGCCUCUGAACAACUAGGUGUGGAAACAAGACUGUAUGACUUACAUGUAAUAGAAAAUAGUAAUACAAAAUAAAUAAACCCAAACAACAUUGCUCGUAGCUGGACUUCCAGUUACUAAAAUGACGUAGUAACAGCAGUUUCAAUAUUUUGAAGAAAUAGUUUAAUUUGUUUUUCUGUGUUUCAGGCUCAGAGAGUGAUAUAGAUGAGCGUAAAAAAACACCUACCACUCCCUCCUUAGGGUCAACUUCUUCACUUGAUCAGAGCCAUCAUGCUGACAUUAUAAAAGCUGGUGGAGAUUUGGAUCAGGAAAAAGGACCUCAAAAGGAAGAAGAUCAAGAUCAGAAAGGUAAGGAAAUAAAGUGCAAGUUAGAUGUGGAAUCAUCAGAAGCACUAACCCACUGUUUAAUCUGGUAAUAAAUGAAAUUUCAGGUUUCUUUCAUCCACCUCUGUGAUAACAAGCUCAGGCAAAUACACAGGGUCAAGAUACAGCAGACUGGCUACAAUAUACAAACUGCACUUCCUCAAGUCUGCAGGGGCCACAGAGUGCACUCACAUAUUUUGAUCAUGGAAACAAAUAAAUUAGCCCCUAAGAUGUAAUGAUAAAAGCACUCAUUCCAACAAGUGGAUACAGUUUUACUACAAUCAAUUAUGAGAUUUUUUUUCUUUCUUGUUUUAAAUUCAACCCAAAUAUUGUUGUUGUUAUUGAUUCUAACUUACAGCUCUUUGAAUUGAGUUUGCAAGUUUUGGCUGUUUACUUUUUCAGGGUUUGUCAAAAAGAGUGCGGACACCAUAAAAAAAAAAAAACAUAAAUAAUGAAAGACAGACUUUAUAACCAAAAGACCAUGGUCAUGUUUUCCUUCAAAAAAAGAUUAUAACCUUUAAUAACUCUAAUUCAUGUUUGUUCCAAAUUAACUGCAGUUUUUUUUUUUAACAACUUUAACUAAUGUAUGUUUUUCCCCAAACUCUCUGCAAAUUAUGGCCUCAUUUUGAAUCAAUUUAAAACAGUAUCUAUUUAUGUUUGAUAUGAUUUUCUUUACACCAUCACAGCCAUGCUACUGAUCAUUUAAUUGCAAUCGAUAAAAUGUAAUUUGUCAAUACAACAUUUGUUGUAAAGGUUACUUUUGAAAUGAAAUUUUUUGUAAUUAGAGUUCUUUUACACAAAAUGUACUCAUUUUUUUCCAAUCCAAAAUUUUCUGGUUGUUUUUUGUUGUUGAGAAACAUGUUUUGACCUUUUAGGCCACCAUCUUAAUUUAAAAAGAAAUAUGCUGCACUGACGGUAAUAAAAGGGGUUUCAAACAAUUAUGUUCCCCUUAAGAUGAAUUGUAACACAUCUUUGUUGGAUUUCUAGGGUUGGAUAAGGAUACAGCUCAGAGUGAUGGAGACAAGUCUUCUCUUGAAGCAGUUUCACCAGUAUCCUCUCCUGGGCCAGCUGACUGUUUGCCUUCAGAUGAUAAUACGACCCUGAAUGACAACACUGGACCUCGCAAAGAAGAGGAAAUUUCAAAAGAAGGUAAGGCUGCUGUUAUUGCCCUCUCGCAAUGUUUUUAUACAGGUGAUAAAACUGUGUUUGCUCCAACAGUUACACAAACUUAAACAGGAAUCACAAAAGAUAUUUUUGAUAAUUUUAAUAUUUCAGAUUUCUAAAACUACUUUGUACUUAUGUCAAAGCCUGAGGCCAAACAGAGUAAAUUCUUAAUAUCAAGAUUUUAUUCUGACUUUUUUUUUCUUAACGUAACAGAUAAAAAGUGGUUAUAAGAAUCAAGUAAUCAAAAUGUUUUAAUUAAAAGUAUUAUUCCCCCAUCCACAGGAUCAAGUGAGGGUGGUAUGUGACCAGAGGACAACACCAAAACAAAAAUUAUUUUUAUAAGUUUCACCAAUGAAAAGUCCUACAAACUAUGUUGACUGGUUGUAAAUGCUCGCUUUGAACCAGGCAUGUCCAAGAGGAGAUAGAGAAGAUAAAAAAUAAAGGAUGACCCUGAUGAACUGGCUUCACUUAAAAGAAACAGAGGUUAUUUUAGGUCAUGGAAAAUUCACAAUCUUGGAAAGUGUUAUAAGCGAGUUAUUUAUUUAUUUUUAUAAGCGACUGAAUAUUGAAAAAUUAUUGGUUAAUUUUCUGUCAAUCAGCAAAUGUUUGAAUCAUUGUGUUGUUUAAACAACCCAGCAUGCUAAUCAAGUGGGUAUAAAAGGAAGUUCUGGAGGGUGGCCCACUCUUAGGUUUCUUUUCUUUACUUCCCAUUGCAACAAGGCCAAAAAGGACAUUAACAAUGUGAGGAGGAAAGUGUUAUUGGGCCUCUAUCUGAAAGAACAUUAUACUCCUGUGUAAUGUAACUAUACAUAUGAUGUGGAAAAGGAAACAAGUACCAGGCAAACAAUCCUGUCCCAGCUGGUGUGUCUGUCAAACCUAGUGAAGAUGUACAGUUGUAUCCAAAAUCUGAGGAGGCCCCACUGCCUGACCACACCAUCAUGAUGCACACAAGUUAGAAGAAACUGCAAAUAUAGAGGUCCCAUCAUCUGACUCCUCAGACCCUCAAGAAACAAAUGACCAAGACCCAGCUAGUGAGCCUGAUAAAUCUGUUGCAACUGAGCAGAAUAAAAAAAUAUAAACAAAAAAAUGAAAUGUAUAAAAUAAAUGAAAAAUAGAAUAGGAAAAUAAUAGAUUUCAAGGUGUAUCUUCACUUUGUGGAAAGUAAAUACACCUUACUUCCAGUUCAGAUAAGUGGUUUAAUUAGAGGCAGAAGAGAAGUCCUCUGCUGGGCCAACUGAUUUAAUUUAAUAACCAAACAUGAAAGGAAAAAGUGCACCAUCUGAGAAAGACAGCAGAAUUUGUGACAUUUAGUCUGAGACAUGUCCAAGAAACAUUUAAGAGGAGAUUUGAAAGAAAGGACUUACAACUACUACCAUUGAAAUACAUUGAAUCUCAUAGUUUGUUAGAAAAUCAGACCAAAACAUUUACAAAGAAGUAGAGAAAAAUAAAAAAUAAAGUUCUGUUUUAAAAUCUUUAUCAGCUUUUAUUUUCAUAAUCAGUGAAAGUCAUUCAUGACAGUCUGUGAAGAGUUUCAACUUUUAAAAAUCCACUGCAGACCAGUGCACAAGAUAAAGGUGAGGAAGCUCCAGCUGCUCCAGAAACAGCUGAAAACUCUCCUCCUGCCCAGCGAGAGUCCCCUCCUACUCCAGAACAGAAUGAAGAGGCUGAAGCAGACCAGGUUCUUAGAGGAACUGUUUCAGGAUCUGAUUCAUCAGGAUCAUGGCAAAACGAAGACGAAUCUUCAAAAUCUUCAGAGGAGGAGACAUCCAGCACUCCUGAUCAGAAAGAUCAAGAUAUGGGGAUAAGGGACUGUGUCAAAGAUAAUGAAAGUGGGGAUAAGAUACCAAGUCCAGCAGAGUCUCAGAAUUUGGACUCCACUAAAGAAACAGAAGAACCUGAAAACAAUGGCUCAUCAGAGAAGUCCCCAGAAACCCCACAGAUGAAUCCAAAUCAGGAAAAGGAGAAUCAAAGUAAGCAGGACUUAAAUGAGAGCGAGGGCCAGACCUCAGAGGCAGGCACAGGUGAGGGUAAAACUGGUCCAGAGGUAAAAGAGAUCCAUAAGUUAGAUGGUGAGAACCGAAGUGAAGAUUAAGGUGCCCUACAGAAAGGUGGAGUUGUUGAAAUUGGCCUCAAUACAAAAUUCUCAAACUGAGAGGAGAAAUCAGAGGCAUCAGAUAGAGAAAGUGAGGUGGUAAUUCCUUUUUUAUUCCUGUUGUCUUUUUUUUUUUUAAUCAAAAAUAAGGUAAUUUUUACCAAUGCAGUGAAAGAGUUGAUCUUAACUUCUUUGUUUUAGUGAAUCCCAAGUGCCUUUUUACAUUUUUAACACUACCUGAAUUUUAUAUGUGACUAACAGCUGACCUCUACUGUCAGUUUUAAUAUUGUAGUUUGUAUCUUUUAAUUAAUACAAAGAUGAAUGUGUAUAUUAUGCUUUGCAUGUAUGUUUUUUAUAAAUCAGAAAACAGAAGUUGUAUAUUUAAUAAAAAUAAGAACUGUAUUGAUCCCCAAAGGGAAAUUCAAUUGUCUGUCCUCUCAUUUGUCAUGUUUCCAAAAGUCAUCUACCAUGUACAGAAGAGUUAUAAAGUCUAAUGGCUGUUGAUACAAAAGAUCUUCUGAAUCUUUCUGUCCUGCAGUGAAGAGAGAGGAGCCGUCCACCACCAUUGGCCCUUUGGUCCAUCAAGAUGUUGUAAAGUGGGUGAUCCAUGUUCUUUAGAAUAGUCUCCACCUUCCUCAGUGUAGAUCUCUCCACCACAUCCUCCACUGAGUCCAGCUUGAGUCCAACCACAGAGCCAGCCUUUAUCACCAGUUUGUUAAGACGUUUUGCACUCUGUGUUUGAUGCUUCCUCCACAGUAGACUGCAGCAUAGAGCAGAACACUCGCCAGAUAAAACAUCUGCAGCAUCUUACUACAGAUGUUUGUUGAUCAGAGUCUUCUCAGGCAAAAGAGGCGGCUCUGCCCCUUUCUGUAGAUGUAGUCUAUAUUCUUAGACCAGUCCAACUUAUUAUCCAGAUGUACACCUCAAUAUUUAUAUGAUGUCACCACUUCGAUGUCCACUCCACAGGUGUUCACUGGCUGAAGAGGGGGUUUGGAUCUAUGGAAGUCUAUGACCAUCUCCUUUGUCUUUGAGGUGUUGAGGAGGAGGCAGUUUUUGUGACUCCAGUCACUGAAGGCUCUUAUCAGAUCUCUGUAUUCAGCUUAUUGUCCAUUUCUGAUACUUGCCACAAUAGCAGUGUCAUCUGAGUAUUUCUGGAUGUGGCAGGACUCAGUGCUGUAUUUGAAGUCUGACGUAUACAGUGUGAACAGGAAUGGUGCCAGCACUGUCCCCUUGUGGAGCCCCUGUACUCCACAAGGGACAGUGCUGGGGUACUGUGUCCCAGAAACACAGUUCCCCAGCCUUACAAACUGUGGCCUUCCUGUCAGGUAAAUCUGUGAUCCAGGACACACAGGCAGGAUCCACUCCCAUCUCUGUAAGCUUCUCUUUGAGUAUGGUAGGUUGGAUGGUGUUAAAUGCACUUGAAAAGUCGAAGAACAUGAACCUCAGGUUUCUCCAGAUGAGACAGGGCAUGGUGGCAUGUAGAGGACAGCAUCAUCCACUCCGAUGUGUUCUUUGUAUGCAAACUGCAGGGAAUCCAGUAUGUCUCAGACCUCAGAAGGCAUAGAAUCAGCCCCUCCAGGGUUUUCAUGAUGUGUGAAGUGAGGGCCACUGGUCUGUAGUCAUUGAGUUCAGCUAGACAUCUUGUUUUUGGUACUGGCACAAUGCAGGAUGUUUUCCACAGAGUAGGUACCUGCCCCAGCUGUAGACUCAGGUUGAAGAUCUUGUGGAGAGGUUGACACAGUUCUGCAGCACAGUCUCUAAGCAGCCUUGGACACACACCAUCUGGACCAGCUGCCUUCCCAGGACAAAGUCUUCCAAGCUCCAUCCUCACCCCUGUUUUGGUGACAGACAAAGACUGGUGUUCUAGGAGGGAGGCAGUUGAAGUGGUUGAGACAUUUGAACAAGAUGGAGGAGGAAGGGGAGAAGUUGGAGUGGAGAUCUGUUGCGGAGAGGAAGGUGGAGUAGCAGUGGAAGUGGGUGUGACAGCAGUGUUCUGUUCUGUCAAAGAACAGGUUAAGUUCAUCAGCUCUUUCCACAUCACCCACCACUGACUGUCUUUCUUUUUAUUUACUGCUGUGUCCACAGAUGGUACUGACUCCUCUCCACACUUAGUGGAUGAUUCUCCAGGAAAUGUCCUUUUAAACUUAAAAACAAAUGACUGUUUCUUGUGCCAGAAAUUUCUAGAAAUUGUGGUUUAUCUAGUCUGGGACAUUACUUGCUGGAAAGUUGAAAGUUGAAAACCGAUUUAAAACUUUAAAAUACUUGAAUUAAUUUUGAGCAAAGUGAUUCUCCAAAACUGUUCAUGUUAUGUGCACACAUUUAUACACAGUAAGAGGUAAUAAAGAUGGAGUAAUGUAAAAUAUACUACAUGGACCAAAGGAAUAACAUCAUCUCAUCCAUUCGUCUGUGUCCCACUUGAUAUAACUCAAUCUUGGUUAUAUCUUGGUUAUAGUUUCUUUUUAUUGUCCAUUAAAAACACUGAGAGCUCGAGAAAGACCUGUAUCUGCCAAUUUGUCAACACUGCCAUCAAGUGGUUGGUUUUAACAGAUAAAGUUGAGUAAUAGUCUUCACACCGUGAAUGUUGAGAGGAUCAAAAUUUAAACAAUAAAGGAUGGAAGAUACCACAUUUAUAAAUGAGAAACAGGAAAAUGCACUGACUUAUCUCCUGGUAUCGCUAAACUCCUGCUACUCCUCUAGCAUGCCACAAAAAAAAAAAAAAAAAAAAAAAAAAAACCUCUGAAAGGAAAAACUGACAGGGAUCGAAUCCUAACCCGUCGAAGUCAAGCUUCCGGUAAUAUUUCAAACUAAAAUCAACUUCAUAUUUACUGAAAAAUGUCUAAAGUAUAUCUGGAAAAAACAUUCAAAACACGUUUUGUUCUUCAUUCAAAACCUCAACAAUGAAUCUGAGAAACAAAAACUUUUUUAACAACAACUAAACCAACAGCUGGUUUAGUUUUGUCCUUAUGUGUGUCCUUAUUUGUAGGCUACUUAUGAAAACAAUUGUCAACUUUUCCCCUUCCUGCAUGAUUCUCGGCGUUUUUGGAUUAUUCUAGGAAGUACAAUCAAAGUCACGGAGAUGCUACGGUUUUAAAAGUGUGAGAAUGUUAAUUUUAUUGUGAAAGUCCAACAUACCGAGACCGGAAAUUCUUAUCACACCUGGUCGAAAUACUUUCGCCUGAGUUUUUCUACCUGUAAUCUGUAACCCACAGGCACACCCCUGUACCUGCGCGUAAACCCCAAGAAGUUUGAUGUGGAACUAGUUCAAACUUGUUCGAGAACAACAACAACCCAUGAGCUGUUGGAGUAUCUAAAUCUGGAAGGCUGUUUGUGGAGAUAUUCCUGCACCUGCGAUCCAAAGUGAAAGUAAAUGUACGACGGCGGCUUGUCGCGCACCUGUGUUUUUUCUGGUCCUCUGAAAUGGCUGGUUUCUAUUUCCUGGCGUAUUUCAUCUGUACCUCCUGUUUAGGUGAGUUUGUCCCAGAGUUUGUGUAGAGCUGAUGUUAGUUUGGUAAGUUUAAGAAAAGUACAGUGCAGAUCCAGACGUGACGGGACACGCUGAGUUAAUCAUUAAACCAUGAUCCGGUUCAAAAGUUCAUACUACCUCUCCAUUUAAAAUGAGAGUUGUAGCUGACCUGCUUAUUAAUAACUGGUUGUUUGAGUCCCAUCACUCAUAUUAAACUUCUCAUUGUUGAGACACACUUUGUACAGUUUGAAUCAAAAGCUAUUUGACAGUGUGAGGAAAGACUGAGCAGUGAUUUCAGAAUGACUUGCACCAGACUGUAUGAUUUAAAGUCCAGUUUAUAUUGCUGAGGUCUCCACUUCUUAUCAUACCCUUUGAUAUUUAACACUAACUCUUCCGAUGUUUGUGGUGCUUUUAUUAAAUCUUUUCUUUACUAUCUGUAUAGUUGCUGGACAGUCAAUAAAUGUCCUCAAGGGCACAGGGGGCCAUCUGAGGCCUGACCUCCCUGGACAGCCGAAUACAAUUCUGUGGAAGCAUAAUGGAAACAAAGUGGUGGAGUUUGACGGCAGUGAGCAGCAGGUGUACAGCCCAUAUGAAGACAGGAUCACUCUGGACUGGCACUCAGCAGAACUUGACAUUCAUGACCUUAGAUUCACAGACAGUGGAGUCUAUGAACUGGAAGUGGACAUAAACAACCGUUUACAUGCUUCACAAUAUGAACUGGCGGUCAUUGGUAAGUUUUUUCUUAUUAUUUUAUUUGGAAGAUAAUUUACUAAUUCAUUCAGUUAACACACAGUGACUUUAAAGAGUUAAUAUAUCAGAUCAAAUCAUAACACAGACACUCUUAUAAACAGCAUGUUAUGGAGUGUGAUUGCAGUGACAAAACAAGUCUAUAAGCAGUGCAAAAACAAAGUAUUAAUAGCUUUUUGUUUCACUAACUCAUUUAUGUACUAAUUUAUUCCUAUUUUUCUGGUUUUAUGAAGAUAAGGUUCCCAUGCCGAAGGUCUCCUGUGAGAUGAACAAGGACAGCACCUCAGAUACACCUGACAUCAAGGCGAUGCUGCUGUGCUCUGCAGAGUCCAGUACACCUGAAUCCCUGAUUAAGUUUGAGUGGAGAUCAGGGAAACAGGAGAAGCUACAACUGGGACCAAAGUUAGAAAUACCUCUGGGAGAUAAAGAUGACGAAGAGAAAUACAGUUGUUCAGUGAGCAACCCUGUGAGCAGUGAGAAAGCUACAUUCACAGCAAAGGAGUGCUACAACGGUAUACAAUACAACUACACUGUAUUUUUAUGAUAAAGUUUGAAAAACAGUUAUAUGAAAUUCCUAAGAAACACUGAAAAAGAAAAAAAAAUUGAGAUUAAUGAGUGUAGCAAGGAUUGAAAGUGAUUUUCUGUAUUAUUUUGUCCCAUGAUAACGAAUAUCGGCAUGAUUUUCUGUUUAGAAACUGGACCAUAGUCUUUCCUUGUUACAGCACUGCAUGAAAUUAUGUCAGUGAUGAAUGCAGUGUGAUGAGCUGCUCUAAUGUUUGUCGUUUGUUUGUCUGUGCAGGUCAAGAUUCAACUGUGGUUCUUGCCGUGUGUAUCUCUGUCAUUCUUCUCCUGCUCAUAGCUGUAGCUGUGGUGGUCAUAUUAUUCAGAAGAAAAAAAGGUACAGUCAAAAGAAAUUGUGCUUCAGCUAGAAAAUCUUUUACCAAAGAUAUUUCAUUCAAUAAGGAUGUCAAAAGUUCUAUUUGAGGAUUGCCAUGCAAACUGUAUUCAUGAUUUUAGGCCUUUUAUAAAACUCUAUAUAACAGCUUAAAAUUAAGUUGUGAAAAAGAAAAAGUUCUUUGUUGAUUUAAAAACUGAAAUCCUUCCAGGAACACCAGUAAUAUGUGCAGAAAAAGCUCUAAACUAGUUCUUAUUUCACAAUUUAAAAUACCAACACACUCUCUUUCUUUCUUUCUUUCUUUCUUUCUUUCUGUCGUUCUGCCUUCUCGUGUUCUCUUCUAGCAUGUUUUGCAUCAAAACAAUCAAAUGAUCCUGAAAAACAGUCACCAGCUGCUGAUACAGGUACGAUACUGUCCAAUGUCAUCCUUGUUUUUUUAAUUUUUUUAAAUGUAUUUUUUUUUUAUAUUCAACAUAAGUUUGUUUCUCUAAUAACAUCUUCCCCCUUUUUUUCCUCAAUUUUAACUAACAAAAUAUUGUUUGAUCUGCUUAAGGGUCAGAUGGGUAUAAAGCUCAGCACGAAGAAGAAAGACCUCUGAUCGAGGACAGUGCAACAUCUUCAUUACCAAGGCCAGGUAACACUAAAACAAAAGUUAUUUUUUCAAAUUUUAUCACGCUCUGCUUUAAAAUCCCCAGGUUUGUAAACUUCUCAAAUUGAGCAGAAUAAAACAAAACAUAAAAACUAAAGCCAAAGCAUGAGCAGUUUAUAAUGAACACAAUUUUUUCAUAGACACAUUGUGUGAACUUCCUAUCCUCUGUGUGUGUAACUAUGAAUUUGAAUUGUAUAGAAGCUCUCCCAUCCAACUUCGGAUACAGUACAUAACUUUAAAUCUUGUCUGUCUUUCGUUUGAUGCGACCAGACGUUUACACCAAAUUACAGGUUAUUUUUUAAAGUUUUAACACAGUGAAAAGUCCUACAAAUUAAAUUGACUGGUUGUAAAUGUUCCUUUAAACAGGGCAUGUCCGAGGGGAGGUAAAGAGGAUUGACAAACUGACUGUCCCUGGUUAUCGGGCUCCAACUGAAAAAAACACAGGUAAUUUUAGUUCAUGGAAAGUUUAAUGUUAACACACAAUCCUUGGAAAUUUUAUCAGCAAAUCAUUAUCAUUUUUCCUCAUAAGUGACUUUGGAUAUUGAUGAUUUUUUAAUUGUUUUCUAUCAAUCAGGAAAUGUUUGAAUCAUUGUGUUGUUUCACUCAGACUUUACAGAUUGAUCCUGACCGGGUUAUUUUACUCAGACUUACAGAGUGUGCAUCUGUGUGAUUUUCUCUCUUUGAACAUUAGUUUUCAUUUAUUUCUUCUUUCUGUUAUAGGUCCAGAAAGAGGCAGAAGUGUGCAUGGAAACCCAGGAUCUCCCCCAACUAAAGUGGAGCAACCUCCUCAACCAGAUCCAAACUGUCAUGAUGCAGACAAGCCUGAAGAAACUCCAAUGAUAACGGUCCUAUCAUCUGACUCCUCAGACCCCAAAGAAACAAAAGAAACAGACCCAGCUGGUGAGCCUGAUAAAUCUGUUGAGAAUGAGGGUUCUGGUGACAUCUCUGCUUUAAAAUCACCUGAGGUCAAAAGACUGUAGGACUUACAUGUAAUAGAAAAUAGUAAUACAAAAUAAAUAAACCCAAACAAUAUUGCUCAUAGCUGGACUUCUAGUAACUAAAAUGACGUAGUAACAGCAGUUUCAAUAAUUUGAAGAAAUAGUUUAAUUUUUUUUCUGUGUUUCAGGCUCAGAGAGUGAUAUAGAUGAGCGUAAAAAAACACCUACCACUCCCUCCUUAGGGUCAACUUCUUCACUUGAUCAGAGCCAUCAUGCUGACAUUACAAAAGCUGGUGGAGAUUUGGAUCAAGAAAAAGGACCUAAAAAGGAGGAAGAUCAAGAUCAGAAAGGUAAGGAAAUAAAGUGCAAGUUAGAUAUGGAAUCAUCAGAAGCACUAACCCACUGUUUAAUCUGGUCAUAAAUGAAAUUUCAGGUUUCUCUCAUCCACCUCUGUGAUAACAAGCUUAGGCAAAUACACAGGGUCAAGAUACAGCAGACUGGCUACAAUAUACAAACUACACUUCCUUAAGUCUGCAAGCGACACUGAGUGCGCUCACAUAUUUUGAUCAUGGGAACAGAUAAAUUAGCCCCUAAGAUAUAAUGAUAAAAGCACUCAUUCCAUCAAGUGGAUACAGUUUUAGUACAAUCAAUGAUGAGAUUUAAAAAAAAAAAAAAACUUGUUAUAAAUUCAGCCCAAAUAUUGUUUUGCACAAAGUUUAGAUUGGGCUGUCAAUUUGAUAUCAUUUAAAGAUGAUUUUCAGUCUUUGUUGUGUAUGAGAUGGCACAAUUCAAAACAGUACAAUACAACAAAUGUUAUUGAUUUUAACUUACAGCUCUUUGAAUUUAGUUUUAGUUUAGUUUGUCAAAAGAGGGCGGACACCAUUAAAAAAAAAACAUAAAGAAUGAAAGACAGACUUUAUUACCAAAAGACCAUGGUUAUGUUUUCCUUCAAAAAAAGAUUAUAACCUUUAAUAAGUCUAAUUCAUUUUUGUUCCAAAUUAACUGCAGUUAAUAUUAUUAUUUUUAACAACUUUAACUAAAUGUAUGUUUUUCCCCAAACUCUCUGCAAAUUAUGGCCUCAUUUUGAAUCAAUUUAAAUCAGUAUCUAUUUCUGUUUGAUUGAAUUUUUUUGACACCAUCACAGCCAUGCUACUGAUCAUUUAAUUGCAAUCGAUAUAAUGUAAUUUGUCAAUACAACAUUUGUUGAAAAGGUUACUUUUGAAAUGAAAUUGUUUGUAAUAAGAGUUCUUUUACACAAAAUUUACUCAUUUUUUUCUAAUCAAAAACUUUCCUGUUGUUUUUGUGUUGUUGAGAAACAUGUUUUGACCUUUUAGGCCACCAUCUUAAUUAAAAAAGAAACAUGCCACACUGACUGUAAUGAAAGGGGGUUCAAACAAUUAUGUUCCCCUUAAGGUGAAUUGUAACAUAUUUUUGUUGGAUUUCUAGGGUUGGAUAAGGAUACAGCUCAGGAUGAUGGAGACAAGCCUUCUUUUGAAGCAGUUUCACCAGUUUCCUCUCCUGGGCCAGCUGACUGUUUGCCCUCAAAUGAUGAUUUGACCCGAAAUGACCCAGCUGAACCUUGCAAAGAAGAGGAAAAUUCAAAAGAAGGUAAGGCUGCUAUUAUUGCCCUCUUACAAUGUUUUUAUACAGGUGAUAAAACUAACUGUGUUUGCUCCAACAGUUACACAAACUUAAACAAGAAUUACAAACAAUAUUUUUAAUAAUUGUAAUAUUUCAGAUUUCUAAAACCACUUUGUACUUAUGUCAAAGCCUGAGGCCAAACAGAGUAAAUUCUUAAUAUCAAGAUUUUAUUCUGACUUUUUUUUUCUUAACGUAACAGAUAAAAAGUGGCUAUAAGAAUCAAGUAAUCAAAAUGUUUUAAUUAAAAGUAUUAUUCCCCCAUCCACAGAAUCAAGUGAGGGUGGUGUGUGACCAGAGGGCAACACCAAAACAAAAAUUAUUUUUAUAAGUUUUACACAGUGAAAAGUCCUACAAACUAUGUUGACUGGUUGUAAAUGCUCGCUUUGAACCGGGCGUGACCGAAAGGAGAUAGAGAAGAUAAAGAAUAAAGGAUGACCCUGAUGAACUGGCUUCACUUAAAAGAAACAGAGGUUAAUUUAGGUCAUGGAAAAUUCACAAUCUUGGAAAGUGUUAUAAGCGAGUUUUUUUUUUUUUUUUCAUAAGCGACUGGAUAUUGAUAAAUUAUUGGUUAAUUUUCUGUCCAUCAGGAAAUGUUUGAAUCAUUGUGUUGUAAAGCCAACCCAGCAUGCUAAUCAAGUGGGUAUAAAAGGCUGUUCUGGAGUGUGGCCCACUCUUAGGUUUUUUUUCUUUCCUUCCCAUUGCAACAAGGCCAAAAAGGACAUUAACAAUGUGAGGAAGAAAGUGUAAUUGGGCCCCUAUCUGAAAGAACAUUAUACUCCUGUGUAAUGAUGUGGAAAAGGAAACAAGUACCAGGCAAACAAUCCUGUCCCAGCUGGUGUGUCUGUCAAACCUAGUGAAGAUGUACAGUUGUAUCCAAAAUCUGAGGAGGCCCCACUGCCUGACCAUUUAGAGCCUGUGGAGGAAAAUGAACAAGACCCAGCUCAUGUUUCAGGCCAAUCACCUGAGGUCAUGCAGUCUGAUCAGAAACUUGCCUCUGAACAACCAGGUGUGGAAACAAGACUGAAGGACUUAAAUGUAAUAGAAAAAAGUAAUAUAAAAUAAAUAAACCCAAACAACAUUGCUCUUAAUUGGAGUUCCAGAAACUAAAACAACAAAGUAACAGCAGUGUUAAUAUUUUGAAGCAUUAGUUUAAUUUUUUUUCUGUGUUUCAGGCUCAGAGAAUGUUAUAGAUGAGCCUAAAGAACCACCUACAACUCCCUCCUUAGGGUCAACUUCUUCACUUGAUCGGAGCAAUCAUGCUGACAUUACAGGAGCUGAUGGAGAUUUGGAUCAGGAAAAAGAACCUCAAAAGAAGGAAGAAGAUCUAGUUCAGAAAGGUAAAGAAAUAAAGUGCAAGUUAGAUGUGGAAUCAUCAGAAGCACUAACCCACUGUUUAAUCUGGUAAUAAAUGAAAUUUCAGGUUUCUCUCAUCCAACUCUGUGAUAACAAGCUUAGGCAAAUACACAGGGUCAAGAUACAGCAGACUGGCUACAAUAUACAAACUGCACUUCCUCAAGUCUGCAGGGGACACUGAGUACACUCACAUAUUUUGAUCAUAGGAACAAAUAAUUAAGUCCCUGAGAUAUAAUGAAAAAAGCACUCAUUCCAAAAAGUGGAUACAGUUUUACUACAAUCAAUGAUGAGAUUUUAUUAUUUUUUUCUUGUUUUAAAUUCAACCCAAAUAUUGUUUUGCACAAAGUUUAGAUCGGGCUGUCAAUUUGAUAUCAUUUAAAGAUGAUUUUCUGUCUUUGUCGUGUAUGAGAUGGCACAAUACAAAACUGUACAAUACAACAAAUGUUAUUGAUUCUAACUUACAGCUCUUUGAAUUGAGUUUGCAAGUUUUGGCUGUUUAUUUUUUCAGGGUUUGUCAAAAAGAGGCCGGACACCAUAAACAAAAAAAUAAAGAAUGAAAGACAGACUUUAUUACCAAAAGACCACGGUUAUGUUUUCCUGUUUUAAAAAAAGAUAAUAACCUUUAAUAACUCAAAUUCAUUUUUGUUCCAAAUUAACUGCAGUUAUUUUUUUUAACACUUUUAACUAAAUGUAUGUUUUUCCCCAAACUCUCUGCAAAUUAUGGCCUCAUUUUGAAUCAAUUUAAAACAGUAUCUAUUUAUGUUUGAUUUGAUUUUUUUACACCAUCACAGCCAUGCUACUGAUCAUUUAAUUGCAAUAAAUAUAAUGUGAUUUGUCAAUACUUAAUUUGUAGUAACGUUACUUUUGAAAUGAAAUUAAUUAGGUAAUUAGAGUUCUUUUACACAAAAUUUACUCAAUUUUUUCUAAUUCAAAACUUUCCGGUUGUUUUUAUGUUGUUGAGAAACAUGUUUUGACCUUUAAGGCCACCAUCUUAAUUUAAAAAGAAACAUGCCAAACUGACUAUAAAGAAAGGGGGUUCAAACAAUUGUCUUCCCCUCAAGAUGAAUUGUAACAUGUCUUUUUUGGAUUUAGGGUUGGAUAAGGAGACAGCUCAGGGUGACGGAGACAAGCCUUCUCUUGAAGCAGUAUCAUCAGUUUCCUCUCCUGGGCCAGCUGACUGUUUGCCCUCAGAUGAUAAUACGACCCUGAAUAACAACACUGGACCUCGCAAAGAGGAGGAAAAUUCAAAAGAAGGUAAGGCUGCUGUUAUUGCCCUCUUACAAUGUUUUUAUACAGGUGAUAAAACUAACUAUGUUUGCUCCAACAGUUACACAAAUUUAAGCAAGAAUUACAAACAAUAUUUUUAAUAAUUUUAAUAUUUCAGAUUUCUAAAACCACUUUGUACUUAUGUCAAAGCCUGAGGCCAAACAGAGUAAAUUCUUAAUAUCAAGAUUUUAUUCUGACUUUUUUUUUCCUUAACGUAACAGAUAAAAAGUGGCUAUAAGAAUCAAGUAAUUACAAUGUUUUUUUUGAUUAGGAGUAUUAUUCCCCCAUCGACAGGAUCAAGUGAGGGUGGUGUGUGACCAGAUGGCAGCAACAAAACAGAUAUUAUUUUUUAAAGUUUCAACACAGAAAAAAGUGCUACAAACUAAGUUGAUUGGUUGUUAAUGCUCACUUUGAACAGGGCAUGACCAAAAGGAGAUAGAGAAGAUUAAAAAAUCAGUGGCCCUGAUGAACGGGCUCCACUUAAAAAAAUACUGAGGUUUUUUUUCAAUUCAUGGAAAGUUCAAAUACAAUCUUGGAAAGUGUAAUUAGCAAGUAAAAACCAUUUUUCUUUAUAAGUGACUUUGAAUAUUGAUGAAUUCUUGAGUAAUUUUCUGUCAAUCAGGAAAUGUUUGAAUCAUUGUGUUGUUUCACUCAGACUUUACAGAUUGAUCCUGACUUGGUUAUUCAACUAGAGUCUGACUGUGUGAUUUACUCUCUUCAAGAAUCUUAUUUCUUUAUUCUGUUUGUGAUCCAGAAGGAGACAGAGAUGAGCAUAAAAACCCAGAAUCAGCCACAACUGAAGUUGAGCCACUUCAUCAACAGUAUCCAAACCAUCAUGAUGCAGACAAGCCUGAAGAAAAUGCAGAGAUAAAGGUCUCAACAUCUAACUCCCCAGACUCCGAAGAAACAACUGAACCAGACCCAGCUGAUGAGCUUGAUAAAUCUGUUGAGGAUGAGCAUAAAAACCUAUCUACUGUAUCUACUGCCCCAUCACCUGGUGGUGAGCAACUUCAUCAACAGGAUACAAACUAUCAUGAUGUAAACAAGCCUGAAGAAACUCCAGCGAUAAAGGUCCCACCGUCUGACUCCUCAGAUCCCAAUGUGAUCCCAUCUGAUGAAUCUGUUGAGGAUGAGCGCUCUGCUUUAAGAUCUCCAGGUUGGUAAACCUUUUAAAUUGGGCAGAAUAAAACAAAACAUAAAGACUAAAACUAAAGCAUGAGCAGUUUAUAAUGAACACAAUUUUUUUUCAUGGACAUAUAUUGUGUGAACUUCCUAUCCUCUGUGCGUGUGUAACUAUGAAUUUUGAAUUGUAUAGAAGCUCUCCCAUCCAACUUUGAAUGCAGAACAUACCUUUAAAGUUUGUCUGUCUUUUGUCUGAUGCAACCAGAUGGUUACACCAUACAGAGUUAUUUUUUUAAGUUUUUAACACAGUAAAAAGUCCUACAAACUAAGCUGACUGAUUGUAAAUGUUGUUUUAAACAGGGUACGUCAAAGAUGAGGUGAAGAGGAUAGACAAAAUAACUGUCCCUGGUGAACAGGCUCCACCUGAAAGAAACACAGGUAAUUUUAGUUCAUGGAAAGGUUAAUGUUCACACACAAUCCCAGAAAAUGUUAUCAACAAGUCAUUAUUAUUUUUCUUCAUAAGUGACUUUGAAUACUGAUGAAUUCUUGAUUAAUUUUUUGUCAAUCAGGAAAUGUUUGAAUCAUUGUGUUGUUUCACUUUAUAGAUUGAUGCUGACUGGGGUAUUUGACUCAGACUUACAGAGUCCGCCUCUGUGUGAUUCACUCUUUUCAAAAAUUUGUUUUCCUAUAUUUCUUUUUUCUGUUAUAUGACCAGAAAGAGGCAGCAAUGAGCAUGGAAACCCAGGAUCUCCCUCAACUGAAGAUGAGCAACCUCCUCAACAGGAUCCAAACCGUCAUGCUGCACACAAGUUAGAAGAAACUGCAAACAUAGAGGUCCCAUCAUCUGACUCCUCAAGCUCUCAAGAAAUAGAUGAACAAGACCCAGCUGGUGAGCCUGAUAAAUCUGUUGCAACUGAGCAGAAUAAAAAAAUAUAUAGAAAGAAAAAAAUACAAAAUAAAUGAAAAAUAGAAUAGAAAAAUUAAAGAUUUCAAGGAGUAUCUUCACUUUGUGGAAAGUUAAUACACCUUACUGCCAGUUCAGAGAAGUGGUUUAAUUAGAGGCAGAAGAGGUCCUCUGCUGGGCCAACUAAUUUAAUUUAAUAACCAAACAUGAAAGGAAAAAGUGCACCAUCUGGGAAAACAGAAGAAUUUGUGACAUUUAGUUUGUAAGACAUGGCCAAGAAACAUUUAAGAGGAGAUUUGAAAGAAAGGACUUACAGCUACUACCAUUUAAAUACAUUAAAUCUUGUAGUUUAUCAGAAAAUCAGACCAAAACAUUUACAAAGAAGUAGAGCAAAAUAAAAAACUAAGGUUUAUUUUAACAUCUUUAUCAGCUUUUAUUUUCAUUAUCAGUGAAAGUCAUACCUGACAGUCUGUGAACAGUUCAACUUCUACAAAUCUACUGCAGACCAGUGCAUUCUUCACUUAUUUUUUUUUCUCUUUCAGUGUCUAUGUCAGUGUCAGAUAAACCAGAUGAAGGUGAGGAAGCUUUAGCUGCUCAAGAAAUAGCUGAAAACUCUCCUCCUGCCCAGCCAGAGUCCCCUACUCCUGAACAGAAUGAAGAGCCUGAAGCAGACCAGGUUCUUGGAGAAACUGUUUCAGGAUCUGAUUCAUCAGGAUCACAGCAGGACAAAGAUGAAUCAUCAAAAUCUUCAGAGGAGGAUACACCCAGCAGUCCUGAUCAGAAAGAUCAAGAUACGAUGGUGAACAAGCAAGAUUCCACUGCGCCAAAGAAAGAAACUCAAGAACCAGUUUCUCCAGCUGAAAAUAAAAGGGCCUCUGUCAAUGAUAAUGAAAGUAAUGAUAAAAUACCAAGUCCAGCAGAGUCCCAGAAUUUGGACUCCACUAUAAAAACUGAAGAACCUGUAAACACUGACCCAUUAGGAAAGUCCAUAGACACCCCACAGAUGAAUCCAGUUCAAGAAAAGGAGAAUCAAAGUGGGGAGGACUUAAAUGAAAGCAAGGGCCAGACCUCAGAGGCAGGCACAGGUGAGGGUAAAACUGAUGCAGAGGUAAAAGAGACCCCAAAGUCAAAUGGUGAGAACCGAAGUGAAGAUUAAGGUGCACUACAGAAAGGUGGAGUUGUUGAAAUUGGCCUCAAUACAAAAUUCUUACGCUGAAAGGAGAAAUCAGAGGCAUCAGAUAGAGAAAGUGAAGCAGCAACUUUUUUUUUAUUGCUGUUUUUUGUUUGUUUUUUGAUAAAAUAAGAAUAUAUUUUACAAAGGCAGUGAAAGAGUUUAUCUUAACUUCUAUUUUUGUUUUAGUGAAUCCCAAGUGUGUGUCCUUUUACCUUUUUCAUGUUUAACACUACCUGAUUUUUGUAUGUGACUAACUAAUGACCACUACUGUCAGUUUUAAUAUUUUAGUUUGUGUCUUUUAAUUAAUACAAAGAUGAAUGUGUAUAUUAUGCUUUGCAUGUAUGUUUUUAUAAAUCAGAAAAGAGAAGUUGUAUAUUUAAUUUUUGAUGUAAUGGCACCAAUGAUUUAAAUGUGACACGAAGACAUUUGAAGCUCCUAUGAGCAGUUUUUUGACAUAUGUUAAACGGACUAAAACUCAUAUUGAUGCCUUUUUAUGAUUAACCUGAUCAAACAAGACAUGAAAGACAGAUUAGGGAUGGUAUUUUUAUCAUAAUAUUUAAUGCUGGAAACUGAUGCAGGGGGUAGGUGUCAGCUGAGCAGAUGAAGAAAUUAUUUUUACAAUAAUUAUAUUGUAUACUAUUAUGCAAUUAUAUGCCCUAAUUUCCACGUAAAAUAUGUACAAUACUUUGCAGUUUUUGUUGUAAAUCUGGAAAAGCAUAAUAUCACUCCUUAAAAUUUACAGAAUUGAAAUAUUUUGUCGGUGUUGUAUGAAAAUGAGAUUGUUUUAUCCACUCUGUAGUCAAAACUAUAUAUUUGUUAUUUUAUUUUGUACUCUCAUUAACAUGUUUAGAGACCAGUUUGUUCUGCUAAUAAUUUGACAGACUUUAAUGGAACCCAGGGUGAACUUGUCUUGAACUGUUUGUGCUUUUCUUGCUUGUAGUUUGGUGCUAUGAUGGAAAAUAAUAGAAGUUGUGAUGAUGGAUGUACUGGAAUUUCAUUGCACUGAAAAUUAAAAGCGAAUGUGAGUAGUUUAUAUCCUGUUUUUGUCUUUGUCUUGGAAAAUCGAAGCUCUGACUCUACCUCAGAGAUGUAUUGUGGUUAUAAUAACAAAGUAAAAGAUAAGAUACAAAAUUUAAUGCUAGAAAACUUUGAUAGAUUUGACUGCAGAAAUGAACACAACACCCCUCCAGAUUAAUGAAGGAAAACUCAUGCUCAGACACAGACACUUUAUCAGGGGUAUUGGAAAGUAAGUGUAGAGACAUUGAUCUACCAGUAGGGGGCAGUGUUUAUCAGCUCUUGCCUCUUUUCAGGCCCUGAUAUCCAAACAUAAAAAAUACAUUUUUAUAUAUAUAGAAGUAGCUGAAGGACAUCUUCAGCUAUAAAGGCAACAAAUACAGUGCACAGUUACAGACAUGAUGGCUUCACAUGAUUGUAAGUCUAAAGAUUAAUUUGAAAUCUUUAACAUCCAGAAAACACAUGUGGUGGUACUUUGAAUUCAGGGUGAAAUGUGCAAUGGGAGCUGCAUAUGUAAGAGUGUCUUCAGAGGUAUUACUCAGAGAAGUUCACUGAGGUAUUGGUGCAGAGCAGUUGCGUCACACUUAACAUCUACAUAUUAAAGGAGAAUUUCUGUGCUCAGCAGUGAUUGCAGUGAUGGAAGUGCAUGAAAAGCAGGUUCACCCACAAGCUGGUGUAGAUUUCUGGAGGUACUGGUGGGGCCAAGUGAGAAAGUCAUGCAUGAUUAGUUUAACCUGCAAGUCACAGAGGAGUCUGUGAUCUGCUACCACCUGACCUGUGGGUUCAGGGCACAAGCAGAAAAUGAACACUAUCGUAUUUCUGUGGUCACAACAAAUACCAGGGGAAUAUUAGAGUAUUGAAUUAUUUGCAGGGAACUGGGCUGUGCCUCCUCAGACAAGGGUCACAAUGUGGUUCCACUGAGACGUUCAGUUGAAGUGUUGAUGGCAGCAGGGAGCCUCCAUCUUGGCUCAAAGCCGUCUAGAUUCUUCCUGGGAACACAUUUUUAAACAUGCCUCAUUUUUUUUGGGAUGAUUGUUACCCUGACUUGAGUUUUUCCUGGAUUUUGACAUAAAACAAGACAAUGGCAUGCCAGCCUAAGUGGCCUGGGAAUGUCUUUUUAAAGCAGGGGUACUUGUUUCCUUUUCCACAUCAUAUAGUUACAUUACACAGGAGUAUAAUGUUCUUCCAGAUAGGGGCCCAAUUACACUUUCCUCCUCACAUUGUUAAUGUCCUUUUUGGCCUUGUUGCAAUGGGAAGGAGAGAAAAAAAACCUAAGAGUGGGCCACCCUCCAGAACUGCCUUUUAUACCCACUUGAUUAGCAUGCUGGGUUGUUUAAAUUGCCUCCUGGAGGGCUGACGUGAAAUCGAACAAUAUCCUCUGGCUUUAAAGACUAGCCCCAUUGCUUCUCAUUUAUUUUUAUGCAGAGUUAGGACAGACCUUGGCGCUGCUCCGCUGAGGAAGCCAAGCCCCUGGGAGGCCAGGUCUGGGUAGGUCAGGACAAAUCAAUUAAUAUCAGCUCAAUAAAAGUUCCUGGCACAUUCUGGGCCAAGCUUUACUGUGUCAAUACAACCUGGGAGCCCACUGUAAUUGUGUGGAUAAACUGUUAAAUAUGGUAGAGACAUUAUAAUGAAGUAAUACCCAUUUCCUAUCACAAUAAAAGCCCUCUAUUAAGAGCUGAUUUGUCUUUGGGCCUUGCAUUUAUGAGAAGUGAUAGUAAAGCAUUGUUUGUCAUUGUUGUUAUUAUACUAUAUAAAACCAGCUUUCCCUGUUGGGUGAUGAUGUUUACGACUGAAUAUUUAGGUCCAAGUCAACCUCUAUGCUCUUAUUUUUCUGCUAACAUUUGGUCAUCAUGAAAAAUUUAAGUGCGCCCAAGGCAAAAACAUUAUGAUCCCCAUGGCAGCAACCAUCACAGUGGAAACACUUCUUAAUUUACUGCUUUUAUACCUAUAAAUGCUGCAAAUGGGACAGAUAAAAUAGGUGUUUGGUUGUAGACAAAGUGAUCUCAGUAGUCACAAAUAGUCCCAAGAAACGACCUUUAGCUGCUUUGUGAUCAUAAAGACAAAGGCCUCUGUUUGUGGUAGGAAAAACAUGAUAAGAUCAUCAUAAAGAUUUAUGCAGCUAUCAUGUUGUCAUAACUCCACUAAUAAGGAACUUAAUUUGAGGUUGUUAUCUCCUGUUUUGGUGUGUUUGAACGUUGAAGGCUCUAUCAAACACAACAUUGUUGCCAUGCCCUGAUUCUGCAACCACAAUAUAAACAUUGGUUGUCAGAGCUCGGGGCUGAAUGAAGGUGUGCACAGUGUUCGAGUCUAAUAGAGGAUUCAGACAUGUCCUCUUAGCCUUGACUAGAGUUUGGGGUUCGUUCAAAGCUUCCUGAUAGCACACUGUCUUUGUCACAAAAAGUCUUGGCAAUCAUCUCCAUCUGAAACGUUUAUUGUUAAGUCAGUGAGUAAAUAUUUUCUUCUGUACGGCCAGGAAGACUCUUGGAAAAUCUCCAUGUUUUCAUUAUGGUUUCUCAAGGGCAUUCCCCUCGAAGUCGGCUUUCAUCUUUGUGGUGAGGACACAGAACCUGGCUUGACUGUUGUAUUUUAUCCAAACAGUUUGGGUUUGAUGGCUGGAUUGAAACCAGGGACAAGUAUACUUUGUGUUUAAAAAGAAAACAAUACAUCUGUUGUCAUGCUUUAGGUAAAAAAAUCUAGUUUGACAGUAUGUGUUGGUCUUGGGAUUGUCAAUGUCUUCGACAUUAUUUGGUGACAACCCUGGUCCAGCUUAUUAUCAAAACCUGCUGCAUGGACAGGGAUUAGAUUUUGUACAGUAAACUUAAGCACUUUAGUGACCUGGUGAGAGUUACUGUAUGUGAACCAUAGACUGUAUAUAGAAUGGACGCCAAGAACAGCACACUCUAGUGACGGGCUGCAGUAUAGGUCAUAGAUCCCGCCUCCUCCAGCAAUCCCUAUGGAGCUGUGGACAAACUUUAGAAAUUAAUUACCUAGAAUGUAAAUGUUUGUCCCUCCUGGUUGCGAUGUUGACCUGUAGUUACUGUAAGACUGGUUUGUGUUCAAGUCCUCUUUUUUCUGUACAGCUCCAUUAUUAAAAGUUAUUAGGGGGUUCAUGUUUUCUAUGAUUGACACUUGAUACAGCCUAUGGGCAUAGGAAGAUUGUGUAGCUCACCUGGGGGAUACUCUGUUUGAGCCAAGCGCCAUCACGGCGACUCCCGGCGACUAUCCUGCUGAAUGUGUACAAUGCUAUUGCGCAGCUUCAUUCAACAGUAAUAACUGUCAGCAUGUCAGAUCUGUCAUGUUAGCAAACUGAUACAAGAAUUAACAGUCAAUAGGUGACAACACUGAGACAUCGCCUUUGCUUUUUACAGUCACUGUUUAAAGAUGAACAACAUGAAUUUUCUCCAAAAUUGAGCAGCAUAAAAAAAAGAAAUAUUCCCAACCCCCAGAUUCUUAAGCUUGUCUGUCCUCUCUGCCAUCUUGUUUAUGAGGCGCAUCAAUCACAUUUAAUUAAUAAAGGCCCUGCAGAGCCUCAAGUCUUUGGAGAGAAGUAGGAAAGUCACAGAGCACAUUUUUCUGUUUGAUUUAAAUUUUCUCUAACAAAGGGCAUCUCUCAUCAUCUGCUUUCACGCUCUUUGUCUAGAAUAACAAACACCAUAUGAUCCCAUUUGUCAAAGAUUCUGACUUUACAUAAACAGUCGUUGCAAAAGUUUCUUUCCAGUUUUCUUGAAUUGUUCAACUUCUCUGCAACCAUUUUGAAUUAACUUUUGGGUGGAAACAGUUUGCGUAGCCCUUUUCAAGAUUUGGAGAUGUAUUCUUUCAGCACCACGGAUAGACAGUUUCUGAGAACCACGCACUACAGGGAAUCACUCUGUUUUUGUUUUCUGUUGUCAUGUGCAUGUGUUUCUGUAAAUACUUUUCUCCACAGCCGAGCUGCUCGGUUCAGAGCUUUGUCAGUUCUUUAUUUGAAAAAGCUGCCUGUCAACGUGCCACACUGACGCAUGUGCGCUCGUGCACUUGCAGAACCUGACACAAUUCUCUCGUGGCGAAAAAUGGAAAACACUUGCAGCAUACCGCCUGCCUUCUAUUGUCUGAUGGGAAGAUUAAAGCCAAUCCAAACAGAAUUCACUCUCUUCCACUCUUGUGCUGGUCGAUGGUGAGACCACCAGAGGGGAACCGCUUGCUCAACUAUGUCAUCAGAUCACAUUAUCAUUGAUCUCAAUCUCCCACUCUCCUCCUCUGUCUGUCUUUGCCUUCCUGCGUCUGCCCUGGGCUUUCACCAACAUUUCUCUCACUGUUGCCCCUCGUCUCGGGAGUGUGAUAAGAAAGCAGGAUGAGCUCACUGGAAUAAUAUGCAGCAUUUGAGUGUCAAGAGAUGUACUUUAACUUGUUCUGUCUUAACUAAAAAAAUUAUGACCUUUAAUAGAUUCUAAUACUUACACCUAGGCUAGCAUUGCCAGUCUGGUGGUGCAUAUAUGGCUGUUUUAUCUCAACACCAAGAGGUAGCAUAGAUUUCCACCAGGAUAAAAGAGCGCUCUGUGUGCAUUUUUCCUGAUGUGUUGUGAAUCAGAAUCACUUCGGGGGGGCAGGAUCUUGUAGGAAAAAUAUUGAUCAUGUUUAGCCUAUUGAUUCUAAAUGCUAAUGUGAGCAAUAUGACUUGAACGAUCGUAUUGUCCCUGGUGUCACUUUUGAAAAUUAAUAUCUUUUGUAUUGGGGUUUUACCAGUCUGAAAUAAAGGUGCUACGAGGACCUCUUAAAGUCCCACUCCAAGACCACUGUCGGUGGUCUUUGAAUUGUGAAUGUUGUACCAAAAAUAAUGUUGCCUGUGUCAUUGACUUUAGGGACAUGAUGAAAGCUAGUAACAUAAUUAGCUGUCUUACGAGCAUUGCAAUCCGCUAACGCACACACUUGCUAUGCGAUUAUCCUCUGUAUUUCUCCUCUAUGUGCAGAGUGUGACCUGCAUGGCGGGGCUCCGGGGGCGGAGCUUGAAUUGGUUACAUAUGAAAACUCACUGUUUCUGAACCUGCUGUUUGGGUCUGACAGAGAUUCACAGCGAUUUGAAUGAAGAAAUACUCAGAAAAGCAAUUUAGCAUUCAUUUUUCUCAUGUUAUGUCCUUUAGCAUCAGAAAAAUGCCAUAUGAACGUAUAAAGAACAAGAGAAACAUGAUUUUCAUCGGAGUGGGUCUUUAACUAGCUGAAAAACAGACUGAAUCUGAUACUGAAGCCUCUUUUAUGGCCUUCUAAAGCAAAUUAAACCAUCAGCAAGAGGUCGAUUAUUUCUCAGUUGUAAUAUUCAAUGCCUGAAACUGCUGUGAGGGGGUAUGUGCGGGGCCAGAUGAUGGACAGCAGGCUGAAAAAAAAUGACUGUUUUACAUUUUUGCAUAACAGCAAGAGAAACUAAUGAAUAAAGUUUGUGUCUGAAACACUACUUUUACAUUUAAUAAGAAGUACUACUGCAUCUUUGAGGGGUACCCAAAACAAACCAAAAAGUCCCUCACAGUAGCUUUAAUCUAACAAAGCUGGGUAUUAAACAGAAUGACUGAUCUGAGAUCCUCUGAUUCAAAAACCUUUCAAACUAAGUAUUUGGGUCUGUUUAGCUUAACAAAAGGAGAGCGCUCAAGUUUUUCAGCACAGCUUUGCCAUGGAGGUCACCCACAUUUAAACUGUGCCUUGUUUGAUUCAUUACCCGACCUAAGUGAAACCAUUUAAUACUUAAACAAAUCCAUUUUUAACUAGUCAGAGCUGACCUAAAAGACAGAAAUCCCACCAUCAAUUUCUGUUAUGACAGGGGGAUUUAUCAGAGUAAUGUGCUUUUAGUUAAAACACAUGCCUACAUGACAAUGAAAUGAGUCACAAUGAAUUUCAGUCUCCAGUGGAAAAAAGACUGAAAAUGUGAAAUGAAUAAUUGAGUUAAAUGUGUUUCUUUUUCUUAAAUAGACCCAGAGUAUUUCAGGACAAUUGCGGCUAUUUAAGAUUUUUUAUGAAAAUGAGUUGUUACCAAAACAAGAUGUACAACACCCCGCUGGAUUGUGUUGUGGUUGACACUGAGUCUGAAAUGCUCUCCAUAUGUCUGGCAACUUUACUGACCCUUCUUACUUAAACACUGCCAGCGUGGAUGUGUUCAACACUCGGCCAACGUGGUGCUCCACUUAAGCAACAUAGAAGUUAAAAUUCCAGAAAUAUUACCAACGAGAGAUAGACAAACUACUACAACAUGUCUAAAUUUGGAUAAGGGAAAAGUUGAUUCAAAUGUUAUUGCUUGCAGAGGACUUUUUACGUACUCCUUAAUGCAGCAAAGGUUCAUGGAAAGAAAUAAAGUCCUGCUGUUAAGGUGCACUCAGGGAGACAGAGGGUUAGUGUAUGUGAAAGCGUGGUUACAGCCAAGUGUUAUAAUUGUUUAUUUGUGUCUGUUCAGCCUGAUGGCAGCAUGUCACUCCCGUUUCUCUCUGUCGGGGAAUGAUUCGUGCGGACAGCAGCGCAGAUUGCUCCGAUGAUUACCCAAAAUAGCCCUGGCAUGCUGCAUGCAUGCGAAGUGCAUUUAUGUCAUUGUGCGCGCAUAAAUG